AUGAUUCAAACUCCAAAGAGUGAAUAAUAAUAAAUUAUAUUACCUCAUGUAAGAGUUCGAUCGAAUACAUUGAAUUAGAAAAAAUCAAAAAUCAAUUAUUAGAAGUAGAUCUCCUUAUAUAAUGAAUCAUAAAACAACAGUGGCCAUCAAUUAAAUUCAUCUAGAAUAAAUAACAUUUUUCAAAUGGAAAUUAUGGCUCAUAAAUUCUAAUAAUUAAAAGACUCAUUGUCUCAUUCUACUUAAGAAGAUAUUAAAUAAUUUAAUUAAACAAAGCGAAAAAAAUAAAACAUAAAAGAAAACACUUAAUGUAAUGAAUCAAUUUCUAGAAUAAAUGAGUAUUCAAUUUUCAAAAAAAAAAUAGAUGAGAACAUUAAGAAAGAACUUAAAUAAAUUUAAGAAUCUCGCUAAAAAUUUAUGAGAUGUGUGAUGGAUACUCGUUAAAGAAAUCGAUCUUUAUAAGUAUAUGGUGAUGAUUUAUCUCCAGUUAUCAAUAAAGAUAAAGAAAUUUUUUAAAAUUAAAAAAAUGAAAAAGGUUAUAAUUAUCUCAUUGAUAGAAUAGUAGGACUUGAUAGAUACUAUUAAAAAAUAAUAUACUCAAAGAUCCCCUAUGGGUAAUGCUUAUUGUGGUAUUAAAGCCUUAACUAAGAAAUCUUAAUAAUAGGUUAUUAAAAGAAUGAAUUGA